GUUACAGCAAUGGAACGCGUACGGGUCACACCGCGGAGUUACCCCACGAACCUCAUCGAUAAAAACUGGUCCCAACGAAUACAUAUGCACGGUAAAGACUCGGAAGAAUUUCUGAAUUUGGUUCAUGACAUGCAGCUCAGAGAUGACGAUGUGUGGAUAGUAACUCUUCCGAAAUGUGGAACCACGUGGAUGCAGGAACUAGUGUGGCUGCUGCUCAAUGAUAUCGACUUUGAGGCUGCGCUGGCCAAGGAUCAAGAGCUAAGGAGUCCCUUCCUUGAGUUUGAUUUCGGUGUACAUAAGGAUUUGGAACGAUCACUUCGUCCCGUCGAGGAAUGCAAAUCUCCACGACUGAUCAAGUCGCAUUUUCCGCUUGCCCUUCUUCCCUCAAAGCUCUGGGAGGGAAAACACAAAGUUAUCUAUGUGUACCGGAACCCCCUGGAUCACUGGGUGUCGCGAUACUAUCACGGGGUGUCUUUUGGUUUUUACUACGGCAAAUCAUUGCAACAGUUUUUCGAUGGAAUCUUGGCCUCCGGUGACUUUGCAACGGAGAAUAUUGAGCAUGCUCAUGAGUUCUACCAACUGAGAAACGAGCCCUGGGUCUUCUAUACAAGUUUUGAAAGGAUGAAGAAAGAUCUGCGAGGAGUGAUCAAUGAUGUCUCCAGAUUUCUAGAUAAACCCGUCAACGAUCAGCAAAUGGAGAAACUUCUUAAGCAUUUAUCUUUCGAAGAAAUGAAGAAAAAUCAAACCACGAAUCAUCUGUGGGAGUUGGCCCAGGUUAAGCACAAAGAUGCUGGCAAGGAGUUGCAUCGAUUUGUGCGAAAGGGCAAUGUUAAUGGCUAUAAGGACGAGCUGCAGCCCGAACAAAUUGAGAGGGCCAACAUUGGCAUUCAAAGAGCUCUGGAAAAGAACCAUGUUACUAUGGAUGAACUUCUGCUCAGUGGUGAUCCAUAAUAUAAAAAUGUAACUAGAAAAUCUUCUCAGUUUAGAUUAGUAUUUGUAAACAUAUAAGUAACAUAAUAAAAGUUUAUUGCUAUUCUUGA